AUUAUAUAAAAAAAUACCAAUGAUAUAAAGCGCCACCGAACCGAGGUUACAGGGCCCCGGACCUCGAUUCAUAGAAGAUGGCGGAUUGCAGUAUGGAAAUUGAUGAGCAAUCCUCUUGUGGUGAUGGUUUGAACAAAAGAUGGAAGUAUGUGAAAAGGAUUGCAGAGCGGAGUGGUCCAAUGGCAGAUUCUGAUUUUGAAGCCAAUGAUAAUAAUUUUCAGUUUUUUAGAGAGAACGCAAAGGUGCUGGUAAUCGGAGCUGGUGGCUUAGGUUGCGAACUGCUAAAAGAUUUGGCCUUGAUGGGCUUUAUCCACAUCGAAGUUAUCGAUAUGGAUACAAUUGAUCUCUCUAAUUUGAAUAGACAGUUUCUGUUCAGGCCUAAAGACGUCACCAGACCGAAAGCGGUCGUUGCUGCUGAGUUUGUCAAUAAACGCGUUCACGGGUGCAUGGUUGUGCCGCAUGUUUGCAAGAUACAAGAUAAAGAUGAGCAUUUCUAUUCAAGCUUCAACAUCGUUGUCUGUGGCUUAGAUUCAAUUGUUGCCAGAAGAUGGAUAAACGGGAUGUUGCACAGCUUGCUGCAAUAUGACGAGGAUGGAAAUAUCGUUGGUGGGGUAAUUCCCCUAAUCGAUGGUGGAACCGAAGGUUUCAAGGGCAAUGCAAGAGUAAUAAUCCCCGGAAUGACUGCCUGCAUUGAAUGCAAUUUGGACCUAUUUCCACCGCAGGUAACAUUUCCAAUGUGUACGAUAGCGCACACACCAAGGCUGCCUGCACAUUGUAUUGAAUACGUGAAGGUCAUUUUAUGGCCGCAGGAGCAUCCUUUUGGAGAUGUUGCCAUUGAUGGUGAUGAUCCAGUCCACGUUGAAUGGAUCUACAACCAGGCUCUUGAACGAGCAAGACAGUAUAACAUCAAUGGUGUAACAUACCGUCUUACGCAAGGGGUCAUUAAAAAUAUAAUUCCAGCCGUGGCAUCAACAAAUGCAGUUAUCGCAGCUGUAUGUGCAAAUGAGGUAUUCAAACUAGCUACGAGCUGCUAUUCUCUGAUGAAAAACUACAUGAUUUUCAACGACACUCAAGGCAUCUAUAGCUACACCUUUGAGACAGAGCGUAAGGAAGAUUGCGCUGCUUGCAGCCAAGCACCGUUGUUUAUAAGAAUGAAAGAGAGUGCAUUGCUCCAAGAACUUGUAGAUUACCUGUCAAAUGACGAAAGGACGCAAAUGAAAGCACCUGGAAUCACUACGAUGUUAAAUGGAAAAAACAAGACCCUGUACCUGCAGAAUAUCCCGUCAAUAGAGCAAGCAACUCGAGCAAAUCUUCAAAAAUCGCUUAAAGAACUCGGUUUACAAUGUGGACAAGAACUGGUUGUGUCAGACGUGACCUCGCCGAAGCCUACCAUUUGUAGAUUAGAUUUAACUGGUUAGGAUACUUUAAUGUGACAGCCACUCUACACCAUAGUCAUGAUUGUUUUGGAAAAGAGCAAAGAGAUUCGACAGCAUCUGUGUGUUGCAAUAACGCGGUAGUGUCACCGACCUAGGAACCAAUGUCAUUCAGAGAUAGAUUGUGUCCUUAGCAUGAACUGGCUGAGGUUGAACGAGUAUCAGACAAAAGACAAGAAAGGCAUUUCGGCACUUUUAAGAAUUAUGGCUCAAUAUCGUUGUUCUAGCUGUUCAGUUAUUAUUUCACUAGCUGUAAAUAUACAAAUCAGCCAUCAGCAUGCAGCCUUUUUGUAAGAUAUAGUAUGUGAUAUUCAGAUAAUUCUGUGAAUGCAAAAAGAAAUUAAAAAGAACACAUUUGCUCUUGAUUCAAUUGAUAUCCAAAAGUUUUCUUGAGUUGGAAAAAUGCACCUGCAAGUAUUUCAAAUAUUUUAUCAAUACUUGUAAGGCAAUACGUUUCCAGCAGUUUUCAUGCAGUUUAAGUGGCAGAGACCUCUUGAAAAACAGAGGUAAAACAUUUUAUGUCUAAUCUAAACGUCUGUCCUGCAACGGACAGGAAAGUCUAGAGUGAUACAAACAGCGUAAAUGUAAGCCAACUUUCCACUUUAGCUAAGAUUGCAUAUAUUUUUUACUACCAAUCUUGUUGAAUUUAACCUUCUAGUCAAAAAUUUGUUGUUUGGCAUAAAUCUGUUGUACUUUUUGUGGUCACAAGUACUUGCAUUUUCACAAGCAGCCGAUCACACAGAAUGAGGUGCAUUCCAAGAACUAUCAAGCUACUAGGUCAUCUUGCUGAUGUUGCUUAGUUUAAUACUUUGGCUCCUCAAAGUACCAUACAUAAGUUCAUGUGGUCUUAUUGAAAUUUUUCGCUCAAAUUAAAAUGAAUGGGAAAACAUAUUUUUAAGCUGGGUUAGGCAGCAUUUCAACUAGCUCAGGUAACAACAAGGGUUAAAAAUGAUCCAGUGGUUUUUGGUUGAUCCAAUUGAGAAAUCUUAUCCUUUUAUCAAAUUAAAUAAAAUCGUUUUGAAGUCUUAUUCUUAUUGACACAUAAAUCACCUUUGCAAAAUCUGAAGCAAAAUCUGCUAUAAAGCAAAAUCUGGUGAUAAUUUUUGAGCCAAAGAAGUUUUCUAUAAUGUCAACACUGAGUGAAUAAAUAUUAUAGUAAGGUAGAGGUAGUUGUGCAGCUCAUUAGGAUACAGCAUGGUACUUGCUCAGCAUUUAUCUCAAAAAUUGCUGUUACCUUAUUUACACUUGUGUUUCCUAGUUAAUAUCAACAUUUAGUGACAUAAACAACUGCUGUAUAUCAUUGUUUUAUGUAAUUUUACUAAAGUUAUUUCAAUGUAUUUCUAUUUUGCAUAUAAUUAUAAAUAUAAGGAAAAUAUUCCCAUUUUAAAAAACUCAUGGCUGA